UUUAAAGUCUGACCAGUUUUUUAAAAGCUUCAUGUACUAAGGUUGAACAUUUCAAAAUGACAAGAAUUUCGUUCUAUUUCGCACUCGUCUUGUGCAUUUUUGCUUUGACCAUCAUUGGCUCUGUAAAUGCUGGAGGUGACGACACAAAUUCUUCCCCUUUAUGUGGUAGUGGUUCAGCUCCUUGCGCAGCGAUUACUUGCCCAGAUGGAUUUGCACCACAUUCUAUAGUUUCAAUUUCUGGAAACUGCUGUUGCGCCUUCUCCUUUGCUUCAGCUUUUGUCAUCAUUGGCUUUGUUUCUGCUGGAGGUGGCGUUCCAAGUACUUCCCCAAUUUGUAGAUUAGAUGAAGUCGCUCCUUGCGAAACUGUACAAUGCUCACGUGGAUCCGUUGUACUUAAUAAAGGAUCUGCUUCAUCAGUUAUUUUAAAGAACUUCACUUGUACUAAGGUUGAUCAUUUCAAAAUGAGGAGAACUUCGUUUUUUUUCGCACUCGUCUUGUGCAUUUAUGUUAAAGUUUUCAAAAUGACAAGAACUGCGAUUUAUUUCGUACUCGUCUUGUGCAUUCAUGCUUUUAUCAUCAUUGGCUUUGUAAGUGCUGGAGGUGACGUCCCAAGUACUUUUCCAGAAUGUGGAUUAGGUCAAUUCGUUCCCUGCCAAACGUUUACAUGCCCAGAUGGAAUCAGUAAAUUUCCAAUAGGUGCUUCUGGAAAUUGUUGUUGCGCGUUUAAUUAGUCACUUCAGUUUGAAGUUUCUUUUUUUGCGAAUUUUCUUAAAUUCUUCAGUGACAAUCUGAUAAAUAAAACUUUUGAACAUUUCAUUCAAUCAAGGUUCUUAAAAAGGUUUCAAGUUUUAAUCCAUCAGUACUUGUUGAAAAAUUAUCUCACAGUGGACCUUAAUCAGCAAAAAAAAAUUACAGAACUGAAAUUUUAAAUCUUCUUGUUGAAUCAACAAAGUCAACGAAAUUUAAAAUAUUGCGGUCGCUUUUAUCAAUUUCUCCAGACUUAAUUUUAUUCAAAGCUGGAAAGAAAAAUGAUUUUUAUUUUAAGAAAUAUCAAAGUCGUUUCAAAACAGAUUGCGAGUUGAACCGACAUCGUGGUUGACAGGAAAUCUAUCAAUUUAAGCGUAAAAUUUCAAUGGAGUUGAGAAGAUUGAUUCAAUUUCGUGCCAACGAACGCUUUCAUUGAUUUUCUCAUCCAAUUUAAUACCCUCAGGAUUUUUCAAUUUUUAAUGAUUCGAUCCCACGGAUUUAAACAAUCGAAACUUUCUCCUUGUUAAAACGUGUUUAACGUUGCUUCAAUCUCACCCACACAAAAUUUCUUUAUUUAAUUCCUGAAAUGUCACAAGAAAAAAUUUAAAUCUCACAAAAUGCGUCACAAAUUUAGGGAAAUUUUCAUCUGACAAAUUCAUUAUUAAUGCUUAAUGUACAAGGAUAGAUAGAGAAAUUUUGCUUGUUGGAAUUCGAAGAAAAAAAUCCACAAUCGUCGUGUGAAAGCAAGUCACGGUUCAGUGAUUUGACGAAAGCUUGAGAUAGAAUCAGAUGAGAAACAAUAAAUUAUUCACUUCUACAUGAACGAACGACUUGUAUGAAUCACGUUCGAGAGUUGUUGGAAUCCUACCUUCGAAGUCUGGCCGCUGCUGUUUUGUACAAUUUAUUGUUUGUAAUCAUGAAAAUGGAAGACAAACUUUAAAGAGACGUGAUUUCUCGUCCUAAGGUAAAUGGAACGACAAUUUGUGGAAAAUUUUAAAAUGCUCUUCACAUAAGUGCUUUGUUAUCAUAUCCUGGAUUUUAAAUAAAUAUUUGAUUGAAAAAGUUUUAUUGCUUUUGAAGGGUUU